AUGAUAAACUCUAUUUUAAGAUAAUCCUCUAAAAAUUUAGUUGGACCAUGUUUCAAAUAGUAUAUUGGAUAAAGCAAUUAAUAGCUAAUAAAAAAGCAAUCUUAGCCAUUUAGCCACUCAAAAGAAAGAAAAGGUCCUAAUGUUUCAUAUUUUCAUGGUACAUCUAACUCUAAGUUACAGUAUAUUACGAUAGGUGAUAAAUUAAAAGAGACAGCAGAGCACCUUCCUGACCACCAAGCUCUAAUUUCUCAUCACUAAAAUGUAGUAUUUACAUACUCUUAACUUUACCAAAAAUGUGAGUAAUUAGCAGCUAGCUUGAUAGCUUUAGGAUUGAAAAAAGGAGAUAGAAUCGGUAUAUAUUCACCUAACAAUUACGAAUGGUGUUUACUUUAAUAUGCAGCUUCAAUGGCUGAUGUAAUCCUUGUUAAUAUAAACCCAGCUUAUUAAGAACAUGAACUUGAGUAUUGCUUAAACAAAGUGGGAUGUAGAGCAUUAGUGAUGUCUUCAUAAUUUAAAAAGAGCAAUUAUAUAGAAAUGAUAAAUAACUUAGCUCCAGAAUUAAAAACAUCUCAAUUUGGGAAAUUAAAGUCAAUCAGACUUCCUUCUUUAUAAUUUGUUAUCCGUAUUGAUGACGAACCAACUCCUGGAAUGUUAAAUUUCUAGUAGCUAAUGAAAUUGGGAACAUCAAAAGAUAUUUCACUUCUCCAUCGUAGAAUGAAAGCAACAACACCUGAUGAUGCCACAAAUAUUUAAUUUACUUCAGGCACUACUGGUAGACCCAAAGGAGCUACAUUAACUCAUUUUAAUAUUUUGAAUGACGGUUAUUUCAUUGGAGAGAGACUUGGAUAUACAAAAGAUGAUUCUAUUUGUGUCCCAGUACCUUUAUAUCAUUGCUUUGGUAUGGUCAUCGGAAAUCUCACUGCUAUCAAUUAUGGUUCUACUAUAGUUCUACCUAGCGAAGGAUUUAGUGCUUAAAAGGCUAUGGAGGCUGUUACUAAAUACAAAUGCACUUCUAUUUAUGGUGUCCCUACAAUGUUCCUAGAAUAUAUUAAAGAAUAUGAAUCCAAUCCAUCUAUUUAUAAUUACACUUCUCUUUCUAAAGGAGUUAUGGCAGGAGCUCUUUGUCCUGAGUCAUUAAUGAAUAAACUGAUUUCGUAGUGGGGGAUUAAAAAUAUUUAGAUAUGCUAUGGUUAGACAGAAACUUCUCCUGUAUUUUUCUAAACUUCAUAAGAUGAUAGUCUUACUGAUAAGUGCACAACAGUGGGUUAAAUCUUUCCUCAUUGUGAAGUUAAAUUAAUUAACAAGCAAGGAAAGGUAGUUUAAAUUGGAGAAAAAGGAGAAAUUUGUGUGAGAGGCUUUUGUAAUAUGGAAAAAUACUGGGGAGAUAUCAAAAAUACUAACAAGACAAUAGAUAAUGAUAACUGGUUGAAAACAGGUGAUGUCGGCUAACUAGAUGAAAGAGGCUAUCUUAAAAUUGUUGGAAGAAUUAAGGAGUUAAUUAUUAGAGGAGGAGAGAAUGUUUAUCCAAAGGAAAUUGAAGAGUAUCUUAGGACUAACCCAAAAAUACUUGAUGUAUAUGUAGUAGGAGUGCCAGACCAGAAAUUUGGUGAAGAAAUAUUUGCUUUAAUAAGAUUGAAAGAUGGAGUUCAGUUCGAUAAGUAAGAAAUUUAUGAUUUCUGUAAAGGUUAAAUUGCACAUUUCAAAGUUCCUAAAUAUGUAAAGGUUGUUGAAAGUUUCCCAUUAACAAUUACUGGAAAGCCUUAAAAAUUCAAAAUGGUUGAGUCUUUAAUGCAAGAAUUAAAAUAAUAAAAGAAUUUUGAUUAAUAUCAAAUAAGAACUUAUUGA